AUAUUACCACUACACCCAUCCCUAUCGGCGCGCAUCUUUUUGUCCUUCGAUGACGAAGAGAAUCAGCACGACGGCAUCGAGUCGUCUACGACAGGACUAUCUGCGUCUAAUGAGAGAUCCAGUGCCGUACAUAACGGCCACGCCUCUUCCGUCCAAUAUCUUGGAAUGGCACUACACGGUGAGAGGACCGUCAGAGUCUUCAUAUGCAGGAGGAAUAUAUCACGGCAAGCUGGUUUUUCCGAGAGAAUUCCCGUUUAAACCUCCAUCAAUCUACAUGCUUACACCCAAUGGGAGAUUCAAAUGCAAUACACGGUUGUGUCUCUCUAUCAGCGAUUUCCACCCUGACACGUGGAAUCCCGCGUGGUCGGUCUCGACCAUUCUCACGGGGCUUCUCAGUUUCAUGUUGGAAACGGCACCCACACUUGGGAGUAUCGAAUCAUCAGACUAUCAGAAACGGAUGUUGGCUCAUAAGAGUGGUAGCUUCAAUCUCAGAAAUUCAACAUUUCGGGAACUAUUUCCCAACAUAGUCAAGGAAAUUGAAGGAGAGAUCAGACAGCGUGAGUCUUUAUCACAGACAGACAGCAAUCUCGACGGAUCAAACACUCUCAGUCAACAUACACGCAGUAAUAAUCCCAUAAACGGCUUCUUUGGAAACUUGAUGGUCGUCGUUGCGUUUGCCGUAUUCAUGUACAUUGUACGAUUCGUUCUCCUGGCGGUAGCCUAGUAUCUCACACAUUUGUAGUAAAUAGUCAACAUACGGGUAUUUGUGCAA